AUGAGCUCGACCCGCAGGGCCCUGCCGGGCCUCUACGGGCGGGGAACGAGCCACAUUGACGGGGUGGAGGAGGCCGAGAGCGCAGCCUGGGCCUCGCGGCCGGACCGACGGAGUUACCUGCUGGGCAUCCGGCCCCAGAACAGGAGCACCUUCUGCGCAAUCAUUUCUCAGCUGACGGAGGAAACACAGCCACUAUUUGAAACCACUAUCAAAUCCCAUGCUGUGUCCGAGGACUGUGAUGCUAAAUUCACGUGCAUAGUGACAGGGUAUCCACAGCCAGAGGUGACAUGGUACAAGGAUGAUGAGGAGAUGGAUCGCUAUUGUGGCUUACCCAAGUAUGAGAUAUUCCGUCAUGGAAACCGCCAUACCCUGCAGCUCUACAAGUGCCGUGAAGAGGAUGCAGGCAUUUACCAGGCCUCAGCUAGAAAUAACAAAGGCAUCGUGUCCUGCUCUGGUGUGCUGGAAGUGGGAACCAUGACAGAGUUCAAAAUCCAUCAGAAGUGGUUUGACAAAAUCAAGAGAAAAGCUGAAGAAAAGAUGCAAGAAAUAGAACAAGGCAAGAAACGAGGCAAAGAAAAUGUGGAAGUGGAGAAGUUGCAAGGAAUGAGCCCUGAACGGCUCCAGAGGAAGCGGAGGCUGGCUAGAGAUCAGAAUCUCCGGUCAGGAGACUCGUCAUGGGAGAAGGAAGACGCAGCAAAAGUGCAUGUCGCGGAUUCACAGUCCAGGUUACACAAGGAUAUUGCUGAGACAAAGGAGCAGCCACUCAGUGCGGUGCCAGGCUUCCCAAACAAAUUGGUGGCACCUCUGAAAGCAGAGGUGACUACCAAUGGAGAUGCCACUUUGGAAGGUGGGGAGGAGAAUGGGAACAACUUUCUCACAUACAUCUAUGAGACAGUGGAGGACUUGGUGACUAAGCCAGGGGCGAAAGACUCCGCAGCUAAAAAGAAAAAGAAGGUGGAGACUCCUUCAGCAGCUACACAGGAAGUUUCUAAGCGAGAAGAAAGUGGGAGAGACAGGGUCAAUCUGUCUUCAAAUCCCAGGUUUGCUCCUCCUGUCCCGUUACGCAGGAAUGCACGUUUGAGGGCAGCAAGUGACCAAGAAGUGGAAACCAGUCCAAAACAUAAAGAGCCUGGAAAAGCUGUGAAACAGGAUAUUAAACCUAAUGAUGACAUGUACUUCUCAUUAAAGGACAUGUAUUUUGAUAAGCAAGUGAAGCCAGUGGCAGGGAAGGAGGAAGUGGGAGGCAAGGACGAGGCCAGGAGUGAGGCUGCCCUGCAGCCUGUGGCAGUCAGCGGACAGACAGAGGAUGCUCCAUUGGCCUCUGAGAUGUUGGAGGCAGAACCUGUGCUGUCCGAGGGCCAGAGAGGCCAGCAGCAAGAACAGAAGCUGGAGGGAAACAAAGAGGCUGCAGCAAGAGUUGGACAGUCUCCUGGUGACCUAAAGCAUCCAGUGUCCAAAGCGACCAGUCAGCAAGCCAGUAAACUAGAGGAGAAAGUCAAGAAAGAAGGGACUGUUUGCCAAGAAACCAGAGGGGCUAUAAAAAGGACAAAUCCUCGGUUUAGGCCUCAGGAGCCACCAAAGCCACCAGCACCUUCUCCAGACCAUGUACAGUCUAACAAGAAGCACCUACCCCCCGGGAAAAAGGCAGAAGGACAUUUCCUUGCUCUUGAGGAUAGAGAGACUCGGCAAGGACUGUUAAAUCAAGAGAACAAAAACCAAGGUGGGGAAGAAUCAUUGCUGAAAAAAUUAACUCCUCCAGAACCUGGAGAAAACACUCCUCUUGAACAAAUCCCAUGUCAGACAGUCAGGGGUGGGAAGAACAAAGAGGCAGGAGCAGAGUUGUCUGGGAGCCAUCCUGGAGGGAGUGAUGCACCAAAGCCAUGUCUUGGGGCUGUGCACAGGGGGUCAGGAGGGACACCUUUGUGCCAUCAGAACACCAAAAUGGCUUCUGCUUCAGUUCCUCUUGGCAAGGAAGAGCUGCUUCCUGCUCCUGCAGUGAAGCCAUCAGUGGCUCAGGAGGCACUGCUGGAAUCUAAUGGAAGCCCAGGGAUGGAGGCCACUGCAGGAGAGGUCUGGUCUGGAGCCCAGUUGCUGCCUCCUGUGAGUGGAGAAACGGAGAUCACAACAACAGAUGGAUCUGCCCCACAAGAGGUGUUUUCAUCCAUCACGUUAGAGGAGGAGGAUGCCAAGCCAGUGUCCAAGGGACCUCAAGGGAAGGAGGGAAGACUCCUGACAGCCACAGCUCCAUGCCAGGAACCAGCAACAUCUUCAGAGACUUGGGAAGGAGUCUCUGAGGUUCAGCCACAAGUACCGCUGGUCCUGCCUGGCUCUCAGGAGAUGUCUUUGGAGGAGAAAAUGCAGCACAAAAACCUGGUUUCCUCCUUAAAGAACUACCUGCUGCUACUUCUAAAAAUGUCAGAUAGCAGUAAGGAUGCCACAAAAGGAGACACUGACUCUGGGGACAAGGAGCAGCCAAAUGCAAGGGAAGGCAUGAUCCCAGAAAUAGGCAUUGCUGGCCUUAGCCCUCGCACCUCAAGGAAAGUUUUGGAAAAAGUACAAAACAAUCAGCUCUUCCAGACAGCAGAGAACUUCCCUCUGACCCCCAAGACAUCCAGACGGAUCACAGGAAUGAUUAACAAGGAAUUUGUUACCAGCAAGGAGAUGCUGGCUUGUAGGCCUGUGCCACCAAAGAGACGCACCUGGGGGUCUCCUGAGGCUGAGGGGCCACCCCCACUCUCUGUACCCUCCAUUGUGGUGGGCAGCAUGCCCACAGCAGGAGUGGCUCCUCAUCUUUCUGAUUUGCCUCCAGUGAGCUCUGAAGAGAGCCCUUCUGACCUGCUGGCAGUGCUACCUUGUGCCACACCAGAAGAGCUUGCUUUGGGGGCCCGGCGCAAAAUAUACCUGCCAAAACCCAAACAAGUGGGGGUGGAAGAGGAGGCAAUUCCAGGGAGCCUAGGGCAUGCAGGAAGUCUGACUGUUUCACCACAGCAAUCCAGGAAGAAUGCAUCCCUGUUGCACUCUCCUGCCCCAGCUCCAUCCUCUCCCUCAGAGCAGUGCUCUCCAACCCUCAUGAGGAAAAUGGCCACACUGGAGGUUCCUAAGCUGUACGAGGAGCCUGCAGGUGACACCACUGGUGACAAAGAGGUCCCUGGAGAUGCUAAGCCAGAAGCACAGUCAGCAGAGUCCCAGAAAACCAAUAACCCAUUUAAAGCUCCACAGGUGGUCCGUAAGAUCAGGGCAGAACAAUUUUCUGAUGCAUCAGGAAACCUGAAACUUUGGUGCCAGUUCUUCAAUAUAUUGAGUGAUUCUAAGCUGACGUGGUACAAGGACGAGAUCCCUGUAGCUGAAGCCCAAAGGAGUGCUGGUGAUGAGGGCCAGGCAGCCUUGGCUGUUGUGCAGGCAUCCCAGAAGGAUUGCGGAGUCUACCGGUGUGUGAUCAGCAAUGAGUAUGGCACCGACUCCACAGAUUUCCUGUUCAGCCCAGAAGUGUUGUCGGGAUUUAUCCUGCGGGAAGAGAUGGAAGUUGGAGAGGAGAUCGAGAUGACACCCAUGGUGUUUGCCAAGGGUUUGGCUGAUGCAGGCUAUUGGGGGGAUAAGCUCUUCGGACGUGUGGUGAGCGAGGACAUGGAAGUGGGUGCUGGUUUCCUGCGCAAAGCCUGCCGUGCCAGAGCCAUUUAUGGCCUGGAGCCUAUCUUUGAGUCUGGCCACACCUGCAUCAUCAAAGUGCACAAUUUCAUCGUCUUUGGGACCAAGAAUGAGAACAGCCUUAUUGAGAAGAACUAUGAUAUCACCAUCCAGGAAUGUAAAGUCCAAAACUCCAGCCGUGAGUACUGCAAGAUCUUUGCUGCUGAGGCACGAGCCGUGCCUGAUUUUGGAGCAGUGCCUGAGAUAAUUCCUUUGUACUUGAUUUAUCGUCCGGCUAACAACAUCCCUUAUGCCACAAUGGAGGAGGACCUCGGCAGGCCCUGUGAGCAGUACUGUGUCACUGAGAGAGAUGGCAGCUUGGUGGCACGAGGCACCUCGGAGAUUGUGCUCAAAUGCUGCACCUUCCAGCAUUGGGUUUACCAGUGGACAAAUGGAAACAUCCUCGUGACUGACAUGGAAGGAGUGGGCUGGAAGUUGACCAACGUGCGGAUGGCUACCAACCUGAAGGGGUUCCAGGGGCUGAAGGAGAGUUGCUUCCCUUCCCUGCUGGAGCAGUUCCCGGUCGCUCACAGGUGCAAUCAUUACUGCAGCAUCCUGGGCCUGAAGAUGCUGGAGCCAGCCAAACCCAAGGGCUCCAAAAGUCCCUGCCUGGGAAGGAAGUCUGCCCAGUCCAGCCCCCAGCUCCAGAAGAAGGUGCUGACAAGUCCUCAGAGCACCCGCAAGGCUUCUGUGAGCCCCAAGAGCUCCCGGAGAGCUGCAGAAACAGGAGAGGCCCCAACAGCCUGCAAACCCAGGUCAGGAGAGAGCAACAGAGCUGGCUGCCCGCAGUAGUCACA